GGAAAACCAAAGAAUAACCAAAUCCCAACGGAAGCAAUCCUCCAAUCUGUGGCUUGUUGGGUUAUAAAACUCGCCAAUUCCAAUCCUUCUUUCCCUCCUCACGAGACAACAAGAUCUUCUCUAAUUCGGAGCGAUACACGCACAGGAGAACACAAGAAGGCCGAGGAUGGACGCAAGAACGGCGGGCCGCGAGUACGAAGACUUCGACCCAACCACAAACUGGGCGCUCGAAGACACUUCCGACACGCUCCUCAUCCAUCUGCCAGGUUUCAAAAAGGAGCAACUGAGGGUUCAAAUCUCAACGGCCGGCAAUUUGAGGGUCAUGGGAGAGCGUCUAGUUAGCGGUAACAAAUGGAGCCGAUUCCGCAAAGAAUUGCCUAUUUCAUCCAAUUACGAUUCAAACAAGAUUGGCGCAAAAUUUGACAACGGCAUUCUUCAUGUCAAAUUUCCGAAGAUUAUCGUUCCAGCCGAACCCCGUAAAGAGGCAAAACCAGCAGUCCAACCUACUAAGCCUCCUGAGCCCACGCCUACGGCAGAACCCCCAAAAACCGGUCAAAAACAGGAUACCAAGGAGCCACCGAAAGCAGAAAAAGCACCAGAAAAAGCGCCAGCAAAACCAACGGAGGAGGAGAAGAAACCGAAGAAAUCGACAGAGGAUGAGGAAAAACCCAAGGAAGUCAAAGAAGAGAGCAAGAAAGCAGAUGAAGCGAAAAUUAGACCGGAACAGGCUUUACAGCAGAAGAAGAGAGAAGAUUUGGCUGAAAAGAAAGCAACUGAAAAGGAUCAAAAGCGUGGCGAUACUGCAGACAUAGGCAAGAAGAUGGAAAAUGCUGGGGGUUCCAUCGCGAAGCUGAAGAAGCCAAGAUAUUUGCUGAACACCCUGGUGGCAGCUCUACUAAUUGUGGUGCUUGGCCUGUAUGUGAAAUAUGCACUCAGGUCUCUUGGAACAACCAAAUCUGACCCAGAACUUUAAGCUUGCAAAAACAAUUUGUUGCUCCACACUUCAUACAGCAUGAAAUGUAAUACUAAGUGUGACAAGUGAAUAAUGUAAUUUCUACAUAUAAUAAAUUCUUAACUGA